AGCCUCACACACACACCUCCAGCCUGGGAGGAGGGAGGUGGACCUCUGUGCUGUGAUGAGCUCACCCGAAAAACCCGCCCAGAAGCCAGAGAAAACAAGGAAACUGAAAGAGGAACAGCCAAGGCAAGGGGCUGCUGGGCUGCUGCACUCAUGGAGCCUUAGAAUGAAGUGCUGACAACUUCUACCAUACAAAAGGGACCCAUCACCAUCUCUGCUGCAUCGCUGAUCACUAUCAUCAAGGAUCGCACGAUCCAAGAAGAGGAAGACGCAGAAGACGAGAAGGUAAAACAUGGCACGACAUAUGUUUGAAUUGGAUGAGUCAAUGCUGGAAAAUUAUUUGAGAAAUAAUGCAGUGGGUGGUGUAUAUGAGGAUCAAAUUUUGAUGCCCCAUGAACAUCAUAUUCGACCAGUGGAUGGGCCAUACCUUGACGUAACUGAGCAGCCUAAACAGAGAGGGUUCCGCUUCCGAUACGUGUGUGAAGGACCAUCCCAUGGAGGCCUACCUGGGGCUUCCAGUGAGAAAAACAAGAAAUCCUAUCCACAGAUUAAGAUUCACAAUUACAUUGGUCAUGCUAAACUCAUUGUCCAGCUGGUAACUAAUGGCAAGGAUGUCCGGUUACAUGCCCACAGUCUGGUGGGGAGGCAUUGUGAAGAUGGAGUUUGUUCCAUGAGCGUGGGUCCUAAAGACAUGGUAGUUGGGUUCCCCAAUCUAGGAAUUCUUCAUGUCACAAAGAAGAAAGUGAUUGAGAUACUGGAAGGGCGUAUGACUGACGCUUUUAAGAAAGGAUACAACGCUGGCCUUUUGGUUCAUCCUGAGUUAAACUACCAAUAUUCAGGGGAUAGAUUACUGACUGAGAGAGAAAAAGAGAUUAUUCGUCAAGCUGCUUAUCAACAAUCGAAAGACAUAGACCUGAGCGUUGUACGACUUAUGUUCACUGCUUUCCUACCUGAUAGCAACGGAAGCUUCACCAGACGACUGGAACCUGUUGUAUCAGUUCCCAUCUUUGAUAGUAAAGCUCCAAAUGCUUCUAAUUUGAAAAUUGUGAGAAUGGACAGGACUUCUGGCUGUGUGACAGGAGCUGAAGAGAUUUAUCUUCUAUGUGACAAGGUUCAAAAGGAUGACAUUCAAAUACGUUUUUAUGAAGAAGAUGAAAAUGGCCAUAUUUGGGAAGGAUAUGGGGACUUCUCACCCACAGAUGUUCACAGGCAGUUUGCAAUCGUAUUUAAAACUCCUAAAUACAAGGAUAUCAAUAUUACUAAACCUGUUUCUGUGUUUGUUCAACUUCGGAGAAAAUCAGAUCUUGAGACCAGUGAGCCCAAACCAUUUUUAUAUUAUCCAGAAAUAAAAGACAAAGAAGAAGUUCAUCGAAAGCGUCUAAAACUAAUGCCUAAUUUUUCUGAUGGGUUUGGUGGAAGUGGAGCAGGAUCCGGAGGCAGCGGCAGUGGUGGAGGAGGUGGUGGCAAUAUGUACGGUGGUGCAGGAGCAUCCGGAACUUGUGGUGGUUAUAACUAUUCCACGUUCAACUACACCAAUAAUUAUGGAGGACCAAAUUUUCAUGUCGGCACAAUGAACUCCAACACAGUAUUAGAGCCCCAGUGCGAAGGACUCCAGGAAGGCAGUGAUGCCAUAUACUGUGAGCAUAUACAGAAAUGCCUGGAGGCAUUGGUCAAAGAAGGUGACACGGAGACAGAAGGUACAAGUGAGGAACUCUGCAAAGUACCAGGUUGUCACUUACUGGAGAAGGCCUUGCGGGUUGCUAAGCGUCAUGCUGCUUCCCUCUUUGACUAUGCAGUUACAGGAGAUGUAAGAAUGUUGCUGGCAGUACAGCGCCACCUCGCUGCAGCUCAGGAUGAAAACGGGGAUAAUGUCUUUCAUCUUUCUGUUAUUCACCUUCAUGCUGAACUGGUUAGGAUCUUUCUGGACAUAACUUCAGGGAUCAUAUGUGAGGAUAUCAUCAAUGUGCAAAAUGAUCUUUAUCAGACUCCUUUGCAUUUGGCUGUCAUCACUUGCCAAUCUGAUGUAGUUGAAGAUAUUCUGAAAGCAGGAGGAGAUCCAUUAAUGUUAGACCGUAAUGGGAAUUCUGUCCUGCACCUUGCAUGUAAAGAAGGAGAUUCGACCACCCUCAGCAUUCUUCUCAAACACCCAAAAUUAACUGAGAUUAUUAACCUUCCCAACAAUGAUGGCUUAUGCGCAGUCCAUAUUGCGGUGAUGGCAAACAGCAUGGGUUGCCUUAGACAGUUGAUCUCAGCGUGGGUAGAUGUGAAUGCUCAGGAGCAAAAGUCUGGGAGAACCCCUUUGCAUUUUGCUGUGGAACAAGACAACAUCUCUCUAGCAGGCUGUCUUCUCCUUGAGGGAGAUGCAUGUGUAGAUAGCACAACGUAUGAUGGAAGCACCCCUCUUCAUAUAGCAGCUGGCAGAGGCUCUACAAAACUCACAGCUCUCUUAAAAGCAGCAGGCGCAGACUCAUUCAUUGAAAACUGUGAACCACUGUACAACGGUGAGGACAUGGAUGAGAAUGAUAUAGAUGAAGGCAUUGUUCCUGGCACAAAACCAACAGACAUGGCAAUCAACGAUAAGGUGCUGGAAAUACUGCAUGGAAAGCCAUACUCAGCAGAAUUUUCACCGGACUCCUUACAAGGAGACAUGAAAGACCUGAGUGAGGAGACGAAACAGAAGCUGUAUACAUUGUUAGAAAGUGAAGACGCAGACAAGAACUGGUCCACUUUGGCACAAAACCUUGGUCUGGGAAUACUGAACAAUGCUUUCAGGUUAAGUCAUCAUCCUUCCAAAACCUUACUGGACAAUUUUGAGGUAUCUGGUGGGACAGUGUCCGAACUUCUCGCUGCCUUAAAAGUGAUGUCAUUCACAGAAGCUAUUGAAAUCAUUGAAAAGUCACAGCCAGCCCUCUCUGCCAGAUCCCGAGAGGAUGAUCCUUCUUCUGCUGAGAUCUCACAGGAACAAGAUAAUCAUAGAGGACCAUCUGAUGAGUACAAGCAACAGUAUAAUGAAAGUAUGUGCGACAGUGGAGUGGAGACAUCCUUCAAGAAGCUGAGCCUUUCAUAUUGUGAACUGCAGAAAGCAGAGAGUGAACACUCGGCCCCUCUAUCUCAACUUAUCUGCAACAACUGAUGAGCACACAGCAAAGACUAUGCUUCUAGGCGUAUUUAUAGUGUGGUAAUACACUGGUUUCACAAGGAGUAUCAGGCUCACAUACGUUACACAACGCAUGCCAGAGAGGUGAGAAAAGACUGGUGUGAAUGAAAUGUAACGACUAAAGGUGUUAUACAAACACCAUGAUACAGGUGCAGAACUAGCCAUAGCAGACCACUCCACUGCUAUGGGUAUCCAUAGUGUCUGAUGACAUAAUAAAUUAUAUAGCCAGACAUAGCACUUGACAGAUAAACAUGAAUGUAAAUAUACUCCAAGCUCCUGAAUGUGGUAGGUUCAUACACUGCAGUUUUAGUUACUGUUGUCAGUAGGCCUUUGUAGUGGGAUUACCUUUAAGCUGCAAGUAGGAGGGCCUGCUAACACCGUAGUAACCUUGCUGUGGAGC